AUGAGUCUUGUUAUGUCUUUUCAGGUGAUGAAGAAGAGAAAAGCUACUGUUGCAGAAUUCGCAGGUGUACGGCUUUUCACCAGUAUGUUUUCGCAUAUGACGCUUACGAUUGCCGCUGUUCGUAAAACUCUCGCUGCACAUACUGCAUUUGUACGGUCGCUUUCCGGAGUGCACUCGCAUAUGUGUGAUCAGAUGGCUCCUGUAUAUGCAUUUUAG